GUUCUCCUCAAAUCACGGCUCUCUUCUAGUUAUAACUCAUAUUCUCCUGAAGAGGCCGACCCAAAAAUGGAGGAAGAGGAGGAACGUCUUGGAUCAAAACCGAAAUUUAAAGGAUCGAUACAGAAGAGGGCAUCUACAACCUGAUCCAAGAACAUGGAAGGAAGGAAGGAAGCAGGAAGUCUUAAAAACUACAAGCCAAAAUUCAGCUAUAUCUUCUGUGAUAUGGAUGGUACACUUCUGAAUAGCAAAAGUCUAGUUUCUGCUACAAAUGCUGAGGCUUUAAGAGAGGCUUCAUCAACGGGUGUAAAAGUGGUGUUAGCCACUGGAAAAACUCGUCCAGCUGCUAUAACUCUUUUAAAUAUGGUGGAUUUAGCAGGAAAAGAUGGAAUUGUCUCAGAUUCCUCACCAGGUGUUUUCAUACAGGGUUUGCUUGUUUAUGGAAACGAAGGCAAGGAAAUUCACAAAACAAAUUUGGAUCCAAAUGUUUGCAAAGAAGCAUUUGAUUACUCUGUAGAACACAAUGUUCCACUUGUCGCAUUUUGUGAGAAUCGUUUGCUGACCUUAUUCAGUCAUCCUCUUGUGGACUCCCUCCACACCAUAUAUCAUGAACCAAGGGCAGAAGUUAAGCCUUCAGUGGAGGAGCUGUUAAGUAGUGGAGAUGUGCAAAAGGUGUUAUUUCUAGACACUGCUGAAGGGGUUUCUGGGAAACUGAGGCCAUAUUGGUCAGAAGCAACAAAAGGUCGUGCAUCUGUUGUUCAAGCACAAGCAGACAUGCUUGAAAUUGUGCCACCUGACACUUCAAAGGGUAAUGGAGUAAAAAUGCUGCUUGAUCAUCUUGGUGUUACUGCAGACGAGAUAAUGGCUAUUGGUGAUGGAGAAAACGAUGUUGAGAUGAUGCAAUUGGCUUCUUUAGGGGUUUGUAUGAGUAAUGGAUCUGAGAAGACAAAAGCUGUUGCUGAUGUGAUUGGUGUUAGUAAUGAUGAAGAUGGAGUUGCUGAUGCUAUCUAUAGGUAUGCAUUUUAAAGUUUAAACCACACAUAACAUUUUCAGCUCAAAGACUCGAAAACUCGGUAUACUUUUUGUUUUUUGUUUUUUGUUUUUCUUCCAUGUUGGAAUUAUUGUACAUAGAUGGGUAGAUACUAGUAAAAGGAAAGAGAAAGGCUAGUGAUAAUGAGAGAAAAGAAACAAAGAAGGAAAAUUAAUGUCAUUGGUCCAUGAGACCUUGUUGUUAUAGGUUGACACAAGAUUCAAAUUAUCUCAUUGUAUAGCAAGGGAGUACUCUAAUUGAUUGUAAUACUUUAAUAACAUUUUUUUUUUUUGGAUUUUGAA